AUGCAGUUGACUAUUCUCCUGGGUUUGGCCUCUGCUGCGUACGCGCAGAGUCUAUGCUCUCAGUACUCUAGCUACACCAGCGGCCAAUACACUGUAAACAACAAUCUAUGGGGUGAGAGCAGUGGAUCUGGUUCCCAGUGCACUUAUGUCAACUCAAUCUCCAACUCUGGUGUUUCAUGGUCCACUACCUGGGCCUGGCAAAAUAGCAACAGCCAGGUCAAGAGCUACGCCAAUUCGCAGCUGAGUGGUCUCACCAAGAAGCUCGUCAGCAACAUUGGAAGCAUUCCUACUUCAGUACAGUGGAGCUAUAGCAAUACCAACAUCAAUGCCGAUGUUUCGUAUGAUCUCUUCACGGCAGCGGAUAUCAAUCAUGUUACCUACAGUGGCGAUUAUGAGCUCAUGAUCUGGUUGGGUAAAUACGGUAGUAUUCAGCCCCUCGGCAGCCAAAUUGGUACAGCCACCGUGGCAGGCAUAACCUGGCAGCUGUGGUAUGGUGUAAACGGAUCACAAAAGACAUACAGUUUCGUCGCCCCAAGCCAACAAACGUCAUGGAGCGGUGAUAUCUUGCAGUUCUUCCACUAUUUGUCCCAGAAUCAGGGAUUCCCAGCCAGUAGCCAGUAUCUGAUUGAUCUGCAAUUCGGUACGGAGCCAUUUACCGGCAGCCAGACAACCUUGACGGUCAAUAAUUGGUCUGCAGCUGUCAAUUAG